AAAGAAAAGAAAGGAUCGAUGGAGGUUGUGGUGACAUCUAGCGAGAUAGUGAAACCGUCGAACCCAACACCACCCGACUUGCGCCGUUUACCACUUUCAUUUCUCGAUCAAUUAACAGACCCCAAUUUCAUGACCCUAAUCUUUUAUUAUGUCUCCACCCCCGACAGCUUUCGCCUGAAAACAGCCCUCUCCGACGCCCUUUCUCGAUUCUACCCUCUUGCCGGCCGAGUCCAAGCCAACGAUUCCGUCCAAUGCAACGACCUAGGAAUCCACUACCGCGAGGCUAAAGUCGGCGAUCGUCACCGCCUCAUCGAUGUCAUCGAAAAAUCUCAGCCGUCGGAUAUCAAGAGCUUGAUCCCGCCGAAACCACCCAGCGAUGACCACAUCAUGACCAUCCAAGUCAACUUCUUUAGCUGCGGAGGCAUCGCAAUCGCAAACCUCUGUUCUCACAAAGUCAUGGACGCGUCUUCUCUCAUAUCAUUCGUUAACGCAUGGGCCGCCAUCGCUAGAAACCACGACUUAAACUCCAUACCAUCCCCCAAAUUCGACAUGACCACCUUCUUCCCACCUCGAGAAGCUUCAAUUUAUUCCAGACGAACCGCAGAUAUCGAAAACAAUGUUGUUUCAAGGAGGUUUAUCUUCUCCGCCUCUGCACUUUCUCUUUUACGAGACAAAUACAACAACAAUAAUAAUAAUAAUAAUGUCCAACGCGGCCCGAGUCUGGUGGAGGCGUUAUCCACGUUUAUAUGGACUCGAUUCGUUCACGUUCACGUAAACAACAACAAAUACGCGUUGAUUCAGGCGGUGAAUCUCCGAACAAGGAUAAAACCGAACCUGCCGGAAUCCUACUUCGGAAAUCUGAGCUGGAUUGCUUUGGCGUCUGCGGAAGGCGAUACUAGCGGGUACGAGAUGGUGAGGCGUAUGAGGGAGUCAAUUAAGAAGAUAGACGUGGAAUAUAUUGAGAAACUCAAGAAUGGUGAUCUUCAAAUGGAGGAAUUGGAGAAGCAAGAAUUAACGGUGAUGAGUUUCAGCGCCAUGCAUAAGUUUCCGAUGAAGGAAGUGGAUUUCGGCGUGGGGGAGCCUGUUUGGGUGAGCUUGGGGGGACUGAAUAUGAGGAAUACUGUUCAUUUUCUUCCCAUGAAGAAGAAGAUGUCAAUCGAAGAAGAAGAAGAUGGAGUGGAAGUGUGGAUUAACCUAAAAGAAGAAGAAAUGCAUGGAUUGGAAAAAGACACUGAAUUCCUCUGUUUUGCUUCCCCUGUUUCUGGUUUGGCCUAAAUUAUGUUUAAUUAUCUUAUUGUU